AUGCAGACCGGUUACCUAUGGGAGCUGUUGGAGGCACCCCUGGUCUCUGGUUUCUCCUGGAACUGGACUCAGACCGGUUGCCAAUUGGAGUUAUCAAAGGCAUCACCGGACUCUGAGAUAUCCUGGAACUGGACCCAGGCCGGUUGUCGAUCGGAGUCUCCUCGGAGGCUGUGCUCGUAUAAAUAUCAUCACUUUCAGCUCUUCCGACAUCAGACGUUCCACAGCCAAACAUUCAACAAGAUGAAAACCUUCUGCCUGACACUCGCUCUGUGCGCCUGCCUGGCCGCCGCAGAUGUUUCCCACCUGCCCAGCAGCAGUUACCUGCCGCCUCCGCGUCCAGAACAAGCCGUCUCCAUGAGCAUCGAACAGCAGGAGUUGCGUGAACUCCCGGAGCAGGUGGAGUACAUGCGGGAGAACGAACAUGGCCAGAUGGAGGCCAUGCCCAGCAGCCAGCUUACGCCCCCAGCUCCUGUGGAUCAGCCGGAGGAGGCCAUGCUCGCCACUCGCUAUCUGCCGCCUGCUCCUGUCCAGCCUCAAAUGGAUGCCGAGCCCAUGAUGAUGCCCCAGAUGGAGAUGGAGAUGGCACCCCAGGAAGCCGCCAUGGAGCAGCUCCAGCAGGCACAGCCUGCCAUGCGUUAUCUGCCGCCUGUCCCUGCUGCCGAGCAGAAUCAGCAGCUGACCUACCAGCAGUACCAGGAGCAGAUGCAGCAGUUCCAGAUGCAGGAGCAGCAGCAGCAGCAGGAGCAGCAAGCUGAGGAGCAGAUGCCCUACGUCUUGGACGUGCAGCAGCCUAUGGCUCCCUCUGAUGCGGAGACCCAAGAGCAGCUGGAAACAGAGCCCGCCCACGAGCUACGUGCCGAUGGCUAUCACUACAAACAGGCCGAGGAACAGCGUCGUCUGCGCCAUUAA